UUUGUUUCCAAGGGUGGGAGAGGUCUGAGGUGUGAAUGGUCAUUAACAUAUCUUUUGUUUCCAAGGGUGGGGAGAGGUCUGAGGUGUGAAUUGGUCAUUAACAUAUCUUUUGUUUCCGAGAGUGGGAGAGGUCUGAGGUGUGAAUGGACAUUAACAUAUCUUUUGUUUCCGAGGGUGGGAGAGGUCUGAGGUGUGAAUUGGUCAUUAACAUAUCUUUUGUUUCAAAGGGUGGGAGAGGUCUGAGGUGUGAAAUGGUCAUUAACAUAUCUUUUGUUUCAAAGGGUGGGAGAGGUCUGAGGUGUGAA